GAGGAGGGCUCGGCGGGCCCCACUGGCGUCCUUCUUGGCAAGAGGGCCGGCCUGGGAGGGCCCCGCGGGAGAGGCGGGGAGGCCCACGAGCCGCCCCCUCGGGCUUCCCGAGGAAGGCAGGCAGGAGAGCCGGGAGAAGAGCAUCCCUCGCGCCCUCCUCGGCCCUUUCUUUCUGCCCCGGAGGGCUCGGGCUGGGGCCCCGUGGGGGCGUCAUGGAGGGCAGCCCCAUCCCGGUGCUGACGGUGCCCACGGCGCCCUUCGAGGACCAGCGCCCCACGGGCGGCGGGGGGCUGCGCCGGCCCACGGCGCUCUUCGAGGGGCAGCGCAACUACCUGCCCAACUUCAUCCAGAGCCUGCUCUCCUCCGUCGACCUCCGCGACCGCCAGGGCUGCACCUUGGUGGUGGGCAGCGACGGGAGGUACUUCAGCAAGGCCGCCAUCGAGGCCGUCGUGCAGAUGGCCGCCGCCAACGGGAUUGGAAGAUUGAUUAUUGGUCAGAAUGGCAUUUUAUCGACCCCUGCUGUAUCGUGUGUUAUCAGAAAGGUCAAAGCAGCUGGAGGGAUUAUUUUGACCGCUAGUCACUGUCCUGCAGGCCCUGCAGGCGAGUUUGGUGUCAAGUUUAAUGUUGCCAAUGGAGGACCAGCUCCAGAUGCUGUUUCUGAUAAAAUUUACCAAAUCAGCAAAACUCUCGAAGAAUAUGCCAUUUGUCCUGACUUGAGAAUUGACUUAUCUCGGCUAGGAAGACAAGAGUUUGAUCUGGAGAACAAGUUCAAGCCUUUCCGAGUUGAGAUCAUAGACUCAGUGGAAGUCUACCUCAACCUUCUGCGGACUAUCUUUGACUUCAGUGCCAUUAGAAGCUUGCUAACGGGGCCAAAUCAACUCAAGAUCAGAAUUGAUGCCAUGAAUGGAGUGAUGGGUCCUUAUGUCCGGAGAAUCCUGUGCGAUGAAUUAGGAGCUCCUGCUAAUUCGGCAGUGAACUGUGUUCCUCUGGAGGAUUUCGGUGGCCAGUAUCCUGACCCAAACCUGACAUAUGCAACUGCUUUGCUGGAGGCAAUGAAAGGAGGAGAGUAUGGAUUUGGAGCCGCCUUUGAUGCUGAUGGAGACCGCUAUAUGAUCCUAGGUCAAAAUGGAUUUUUUGUGAACCCUUCUGAUUCAUUGGCCAUUAUUGCUGCCAAUCUUCCCUGCAUUCCAUAUUUUUGUCAGAUGGCUGUGCGAGGUUUUGGUAGGAGCAUGCCAACUAGCACUGCUUUGGACAGAGUCGCAAAAUCCAUGAAGGUCCCUGUAUAUGAAACACCAGCAGGUUGGAGGUUCUUCUCAAAUCUGAUGGAUUCUGGUCGAUGUUCACUGUGUGGAGAAGAAAGUUUUGGCACUGGAUCUGACCACAUUCGAGAAAAGGAUGGACUUUGGGCUGUCCUAAUUUGGCUCUCAAUCAUGGCAGCUCGAAAACAGGGUGUAGAAGAGAUUGUCAGAGAGCACUGGACAAAAUUUGGCCGUCACUACUACUGCAGAUUUGAUUAUGAAGCGCUGGACCCUCGAACAGCAUAUUUCAUAAUGAGAGACCUGGAGGCUUUAAUCACUGAUAAGUCUUUCACUAAUCAACAGUUUGCGGUUGGAAGCCAUGUCUACACUGUGCAAAAAGGAAACAGUUUUGAAUAUGUGGAUCCCGUAGAUGGUACUGUGGCCAAAAGACAGGGUCUAAGGAUAAUUUUCUCUGAUGCAUCCAGACUCAUCUUCAGAUUAAGUGCUUCUAGUCAUGUACGCGCUACUCUCCGGAUCUAUGCGGAAAGCUAUGAAAAAGACCCCAGUAAACAUGACAGAGAACCACAGGCUGUACUGAGUCCUCUCAUAGCAAUUGCACUGAAAAUAUCUCAGAUUCACGAGAGGACAGGUCGUAAAGGCCCUACGGUCAUCACUUGAAGCACAGGAAGAUCAAUAACCAGGGCCAAGAUUAACAGGACGAGAGAAAGAAGACGUUGUUACAACACAUCAGCUGUUUGUGCCUUACAUUAUUUUAAGAGUUUGAGAGCAAUUGGGGGGACACAAAAUUAAAUGCUGAUCGUAUUUGGUUUUAUUCUUCUGCUAAGACAGUAAUGCAUUUAUGUCCAUACUAUGGCUUCAUUAUAUUCUUAUACACAAAAUUAACCAAAGAGAAAAAAAGCUUCCUGUAUAUCUAUUCUAAUAUUAUGUUCUGUCAGCUACAUUCUCCCCUUUUGGGACUUUGUUACAAUUUGCAGUUUCUUGGUGAUAGUACUUUAGGAUCUCAAUUGUAAUUCAAAUGUAAGUUUGAAAUUGUGAAAAUAAUGCUUUCAAAAAGGUUGGAAAUAGAAGAAAUUCUGUACCAUAUUGUUACCAAAUUUACUUUUGAUUCUAAGUGGCUGUCAUGGUGGAGCAGAAUCAUAGUCACUCCAGCAAAAAUGUAGAGUUCAUUUCUUAAGAGGCUGCCUAAAAGGUAAAGGUAAAGGUGUUCCCCUGACAUUCAGUCUAGUCGUGUCCGACUCUGGAGGUUGGUGCUCAUCUCCAUUUCUAAGUCAAAGAGCCGGCAUUGUCGAUAGACACCUCCAAGGUCAUGUGGCCAGCAUGACUGAAUGGAGCACUGUUACCUUCCCGCAAAAGCGGUACCUAUUGAUCUGCUAGGUUGGCAGAAGCUGGACCUACCAGCAGGAGCUCCCCCCGCUCCCCCAAUUAGAACUGCCAAACUUUCGGUCAGCAAGUUCAGCACCUCAGCGGUUUAACCUGCCUGAGAGGUUGCCUAUACCACCCAAAAUACCACAGACGUUUCCUUAAUAUUAAAAGCCAUACUAGGCUGUCAAAGCAAUACAGCUCAGGUAAAAAAAAUUGCAAGGAAGAGUAAUAUAACUUCUACUAGUUCUGGUUAUGUCACUUGAUCCUCUGCAUGUUUAAUUAGUAUCAAACUCACCAAGUUCAGUGGAUUUUUUUUUCUAAAUCCAUGCAGUGAAGCUUUAUAAUGAGAUCAUGAUUUCCAAAGCAUAUUGGCAACAGCCAUGCUUAAGCAUCUAGUCAAACUUACACAAAUAAUAAAGGCUGUUUUCUGUACCACCUAAAUCCUGGCAUCUACUAUUUUCUUGCAUACUUUAUAAUAAGAUUUCACCAUAUAAGAAGACAUUUUAAAUCACCAUGCAGCCAAUUCUUUGGCAAUCAGUUUCUAUUUUCUGCUUUUGUAUGCUGUAUUACUGACAUAUCCACCACCAGCACAAAUGCUCUACACAUGUGGCCUCCUUGCUUGCAGUGAAAAUAUGCAGUGGGUUUUUCCCCCACUUAACCCCUUUCUGAAUCUUGUUUUUGUACAGUUUUAAUUUAAAAGAGCUAUCUAUUUUAUUAUAGGCAAUGUUACAGGAGAAGUCCUUUUAGUAUUGAGCGCCUUCAGCUGCUUUGGUAGAGAGCCGUGCCUUUUGUUAAUUUAACUCUUUUUGGAGGGAGGCGGCCUUGACUAUCCCCCGUUCUAAAAAUCCAAAAGUGGUGUUACGAAUUUGGGGUCAGAGCCUUAACAAAUGGUAUCUUGGCAUGAACUUGUGCUCCACUUCUUUGAGAUGCUUGGCCAUGGCAGGCUCAGGCUUUUCUAUUGGAAGUGUUCCAUGGCUCUGUUAGAAAGCUAAACUGUGAAUUCAGAAAAAUAUGCCAGAAAAAGCCUCCCUGUGGAGUGUUUAUUUAUCACACAACUUUUUCACCAGGAGGCAGAGUGUUAAAUGGCACUGCCCUCUGUUUCCUUAAGCACAUGGCAACUCAGUGCUAACUUUUAGUGAUAUUUCAAGCAUUUUUUGAGUUCACAGGUUGAUAGUUAAGAGAUGAUGAUCCAUUUACAGCUAUAGUGUGGGAGGGGGAGGGGUCUUUUAAGAUGAGUCCAACAAAUAGGGGUCAACAUCACUAGAAUAAAUGGCCAGCACAGAAGUAUGUGGCACUUUCUUUAGGUUGUUUCCACAUCAUUCUAGAAAGAAUUGUGGGACAAUCAGUGAAGAUCCUAAACUUUUUCCAUCCACUUACAACACCACAGUAGUCUGGUUCCUUUCUUUUCACACCUUCAAGGGGAUGGGUCAGAAAUGGUCAGCAGUCUGUAGCCUUUAAGAGGCUUCAUUUUGAGUGCAUUAAUUAACCAGCGAAAUGCAUUAACCUUUUCAUUUUCAUAUAACUUUGGUUAAAGGAACUUCAACCUUGCUGUGACAGAAAGAGGUGCUGUGCCUCUUGAGUGUUUUCAUUGGAGAGUGGAGUCUAGGCAGCUAACAAUAUAAAAGGUGCCUGUGAAAGUAUAAUUAAUGUAAUGACAUUUCAAAAAUAUUUUUCUAAUUCACUCAGAAAGCCUACCAGAUACCUUAUCAGAAGGUCAUAGAAUGAGUCGUCAUUGAACAAAUGAAAUCGAGAGGAGAAAAGGUGGCUCAGUGAAUGCCUGGGCACAGCAAAUGGUGCUUAUGCCUCUGAAGGAAUGGUUUGGUUCCAACGAUGGCACAGGGCACUGACACAAUGAGAACUCCUUGUGCAUGUGACUUAUUUGAAAGCUAUUCUUCCUUGGGAACAGCAUUUGUGCAAUCCGACAUGUGUAGCAUUGCAGCGUCUAUUGCGGUGGCCAAAUACUUUUUUUUCCUUUUAAGUGCAAUCAUCCAAUAGCCUUUUGCUUUAAGAAACCGAUCUGGUUUCCUUUUGAGAUUGGUUGAAAUUUGCUAUGACAUGUAGUAGUACAAUGCAGUGUCAUACUUCUGCCUUGCAUGAAAUUGCUAAUGAUCGGAUAUGGCAUACCCUAAUAAAACAAGACUUUUAAAAA